CUCCCUAUCCACGAUUUCUCAGAAUCUAAUUUCCCUGGAAUAUCACGAAAAUGCCCAUUCCCUUGAUAACUCAAGGGAUUUCGGAGGGCUUAUCGUCCAUCCCGUAUGCCUAUACAGUACUUAAGGUCGUGCCAUGGGUGCUCCUGGUGGCCGUGUUGAAGUGGUACUUCGGGGGGGCUCGAAAUACGUCGGAGCGAUUAAUGCACUCGAAAGUUGUCAUGGUCACUGGUGGCACAUCAGGAAUCGGAGCCAGCGUCGUUCACGAACUCGCCUCCCGCGGCGCUCAAGUUAUCCUCCUCACCCAACACGCCCCGUCGGACAUUUUCCUAGUCGAGUACAUCGAGGACCUACGGAAAUCGACAGGCAACCAGCUUAUCUACGCCGAACAGGUGGACCUAUCUUCCCUGCAUUCUAUUCGUACCUUCGCAACAAAGUGGAUCGACAAUGCCCCUCCCCGCCGACUCGACAUGGUCAUUCUCUGUGCCAACACGGCCGUCCCCUCCUCCGGUCAGCGAAAACCAACAGAAGACGGAUUAGAUGAAGAAUGGCAGGUCAAUUAUCUGGGCAAUUUCCAUUUGCUGAGCAUCCUCAGCCCCGCGCUAAGGGCUCAGCCAGCCCACCGAGAUGUGCGGGUCAUCUUCACAACAUGUCCAGGCUAUAUCGGUUCCGAGUUCGACCUGAAACAGGCAAAUAAGAUCGAGGCGGCUCGAAAGCCAGGAACCAAGUCAUCCGCAGCAACCCAGAAGAAGAACUCCAAUAUGUUCGGCCUGAGCAAGCUCUCCUUGAUGACGUUCGCCCACACAUUCCAGAAACACCUCAACGCCUAUAAACGCCCAGAUGGCCAACCGUCCUGCACGCGUGUGAUUGUCGUCGACCCAGGAUUUAGUCGCACACCUGGAACCCGGCGCUGGCUGACGGGCGGGUCGCUCUGGGGUCUUCUCUUCUAUCUCAUCACCUGGCCCAUCUGGUGGCUGAUUCUCAAGUCUCCGCAGCAAGGCGCUCAGACCAUCUUGUACGCUGCUAUGGAAGGCAAAUUCAGUCGCGGCGAGGGUUUUUGGAUGCUAAAGGAAUGCCGAGAGGUAGCUUUCGCGCGAUCAGAGAUCAAGAGUGAAGAGCAGGGAAAGAAACUGUGGGAGUUUAGUGAGCAGCAAAUCCAAACCCAGGAGAAGGAGAGUGCCGUGAAGCGUGCACUUGCGAAAAAGGAGAAAGAGGAGGCAGAGAAACAGAAGGCUUCUGAGCCUGAGACUUCCGGUGCUGCAAAAGAGCCAACACCAGGGUCUCGGAGAAGUCGGAAAGGGAAAUAA